AUGGGAUGCAACAACCAGCGCAUGGAGAACAGGAUGGUGAGAAAGAUCGCCAAGAUGGAGAUGAUGUAUCAUGGUCCACAGGUCCAAGUGAACCCAAGCUACUCCCAGUGGGGUUGGGGCAACUGCAACAACAACAUCUCCCAAGCUUCAGCUCCCGUGCCUGCACCAGCAGCAACAGUCAAACUAGCUCGUGAGGACAACAACAUCAUGACCAAGCAAGAGAGACAGGCUCAGAAGAUCGAGAAGAAGCAGAUGAGACUCAAGAUGCUGACGGAGAAGAAGCAAGCAAUGAUCGAGAGACUCACUGCCAAGCUGGAGAUGAGGAGAGCAGCACCCAACCACAAGUUCCCAAACUGGGAGGCCAGGAUCCAAGAGAAGCUCGAGAGGAAGAAGGCUUGCUUCGACAGGAAGAUCACCAAUGUUCAGUGCAAGAUAGCUGAAAUCCAGUCCCGAGCAACUCCAGUGGAGACCAUUGCCCCAAGCAAGGUAGUUGUUGGUGAACCCCAACAGCAACCACAGCAGCCCCAGCAGCAGCCCCAGCAGCAGUCCCAGCAGCAGCCACAACAGCAGCCACAACAACAUGGUCAUGGUCAUGGUCAUGGUCGCUGGUUCGAAUCAAGAGUGGAGAAGAGGAUCAAUGAUAUGGUCGAGGAGCAUCAAGCUGGUGAUAUCAUUCCAAUCAAUGAUGUCAAGCAGAGAAUCAUUGAGAUGAGGAUGGCCAAGAUGCAAGAGCUAAUCAAUCAGAACUUUGCCAAGUUGACCCUGAAGAGCACCGAUCAUUAUCAAGUCAUGGACAAUGGUGACAUCAAGGUGCUUCCAAGACCAACCCCAACCGUGUCUGCCAGUCAAUAA